AUGGACAACAGCGUGGAGACCACGACAACCCUGCGUGGUCGUCACACCAAAGUUCCGGCGAAAUACCAGCACAACGGGUCUCUCGGGGCUGCUGUCGGCGGUGGCGGCUUGUUGUCCAGCACCCCGAACCCUCUGCCUGGCUUCAAAGGGACCGCUCGUUCGAACACGGGAGGCGCUUCCGACACCAACACGCAGAGCGAGGGCGUAGCUGGGGGGCCCGGUCACGUGGCACCCACUGCUUCUGCGCAGCAGAGAACGGGUACAAGAAGCGCGGCGGACCAUCGAGCUCAUGAAGUGGAUGCCAUCCUCCAGAACGCACGUUUCAAUUCUACGUCCGACGGAGGGUCCAUCCGUGUCGGCUCAUCAAGCAGCGACUCAGGGAACAGCGACAGCGAGUCAGAAGACGAUGACCGUGGCCGACAACACGGCAGGGGAGCAGGCGGAGCUGACGGAGGCAGCUCGAGCGGAGCUGGCGGGGUAAGCUCGAGCGGAGCUGGCGGGGUAAGCUCGAGAGGAGCUGGCGGGGGCCGGUUGAGCCGAGCUGGCAGCAGCGCGGCGGUCGAGUCGGUGGCAAGGACCAUGCGAUGGUCGGCUUACCUGCUCAGGGAAGCCUGCGCACUGCGGAGGCUCAGCGGCUACUCUAGGUCAAAAGACACAGACAAGAUGGCAGCGAGGUUGACGCAGCUCGACAUCGUCAUGAGCAGGAGCAGUCCGUAUCUCGCUGACUUGGAGGACAAGGCAACAGGUGAAGACCCAAUGAUCACCAGACAAUGCUCGUGGUUGCAGCUGAGCAAGAAGGAGCUGGACGCCAAGCAGAAGGGGACGACCCGGGACAUCCAUCUCGAGAUUUUGGAGGCGUUCAAGGACGAAAAGUUCAAGGUGCCCAGUUCCUUCGCGGACGACAGCAACAUCUUUGGCGCCGGCAUCAACCCCAACGUCGUACACCAGCCGGACAUCAGCUUCCAGAAGUUCGCGACCAUGAGGACCGACCUCUUCAAGGACCACGGCGAAAUGUACUCCAACUUCAAGAAAUCUGGCAGCAACGGAGAGAUGUUUUCCUUCUGCAAGGAAAGCUUAGACACAUACUACUUCGGGCUGACGGCCGAGAAGUGCCCUGACAUCCUGGCCGUGUGCGACCAGAUGCUCCCCGACGGCACCGCGAGGGAGAGUACGGGGGUGGAGACCGCGGGAGACGGACACAGUGGUGCCCAGGGCGCUUCGGCGGAUGCUAGUAAGCGGAAGGUCGCGAAAGUGGAAUCCAGGGAGAGGAACGUGGGCGUCAGUGGCCACCAGAAGAAAAAGAAGAAGCAGGACGCGCAGAUCGAGAACACGGCGAAGGUCGCUAUAUCCGCGGUGAAGGGGGAGCUCGGCCUUGACGCCCUGUUCGGAACGUCGUCCGCACCCACGUACGCCGACGCCCCGACAUCCUUCUACGGCACGAAGGAGGGGAAGGAGAAGGAGCUAGGUUCGGACGCUGACGAAGAAGACCUACAGCUCUUGCGGGACCGGGCGACGACCGUGAGGGCCCAAAUCAGAAAAGAAACGGCGGCAGCUAGUGAGGAUGGCUAG